GCCCUGUUGGGGGAAUGAUGGCUGAUGAGGAAGAAGCUAAGCACCUUUUGCAGAAAUUGCAGGUUCUGUCCGGGGCAAAGCACAGGCUUUAAUGCUAACCGGGAAGGCACUGAAUGUGAUUCAUGAUUAUAGCCCUAAGGCUGAGGAGCUUCUGUCAAAGGCUGUGAAGCUGGAACCUGCACUGGUGGAAGCUUGGAACCAGCUGGGUGAGGUGUACUGGAAGAAAGGGGAUGUCGCUGCAGCCCACACUUGCUUCUCUGGAGCCCUCACUCAUUGCAAGAAUAAAGUCUCCUUGCAGAACCUGUCAAUGGUUCUUCGCCAACUACGACCUGGAUCUUUAGAUGAACAUUCUCGCCAUGUCAUGGACAGUGUUCGGCAGGCCAAGCUAGCUGUGCAGAUGGAUGUCCUUGAUGGCCGAUCCUGGUAUAUUCUGGGGAAUGCAUACCUUUCUCUUUAUUUCAAUACUGGCCAGAGCCCUAAGAUCUCCCAGCAAGCCCUCAGUGCCUAUGCCCAAGCAGAGAAGGUUGACAAGAAAGCUUCCAGCAAUCCUGACCUUCAUCUGAAUAGGGCUACGUUACAUAAAUAUGAAGAGAAUUAUGGGGAGGCACUGGAGGGCUUCUCUCAGGCUGCAGCACUGGACCCUGGCUGGCCAGAGCCCCAUCAACGUGAGCAACAACUCCUGGAAUUCCUAAGUAGAUUAACCAGCCUUCUGGAGAGCAAGGGAAAGAUAAAGACCAAAAAGCUGCAGAGCAUGCUGGGAAACUUGCACCCAGCCCACCUAGGCCCUUGUGGUGAUGGACGCUAUCAGUCAGCCACUGGGCAGAAGGUGGCACUGGAGCUCCAGUCGUUGAGUACGCUGAAGCCUGGUGUGAACAGUGGUGUUGUGGUCCUAGGAAAGGUGGUAUUUAGUCUAACUACAGAGGAGAAAGUCCCCUUGUGAGUUUCUCUUAACUUUUUGAUUUUUCCCUUCUGAACUAAUUCCUCUCACUUCCUGGCCUUUCUCUGACAGUUGAGGACACAGUGGUCACAGAUUAGUAACAUCGGAUUCUUUUCUGUGACUGUUCCAUGAAUAGCUGUACUGGGGUGUGAAUUCAGGGCCUGAGCACUGUCACUUAGCAUUUCACUCAAGGCUG